CGCAUGCGCCAUACCCUGACCGCGCAGUUCCUUUGAAAGCUGGUGCUGCGAGCACGACUGUGUGGUGUGCUGUGACUUCACAUCCUAGCCGAAAAACUCUGUCACGUGACUAUCAUGGAGCUCAAUGAUGCAAAUCUCCAGUCCCUGACAGAGGUUCUUAGAAAAACAUUGGACCCAGACCCAAAUGCCAGGAGACCAGCGGAGAAGUUCCUCGAAUCAGUGGAGGGAAACCAGAACUACUCCUUGUUGCUUCUCACUCUGCUGGAGAAGUCGCAGGACAACGUGAUUCGAGUCUGUGCUGCCGUCAUGUUUAAGAACUACAUCAAAAGAAACUGGAGGAUUGUUGAAGAUGAACCGAACAAAAUCUCAGAAGCCGACCGAACAGCCAUCAAAGCCAACAUUGUGAAUUUGAUGCUCAGCAGCCCAGAGCAAAUACAAAAGCAGUUGAGUGACGCCAUCAGCAUCAUUGGGAGAGAAGACUUUCCUCAGAAGUGGCCGGACCUUCUAACAGAAAUGGUGACUCGCUUCAGAAGUGGAGACUUCCAUAUCAUCAAUGGAGUCCUUCGCACGGCACAUUCCCUCUUCAAGAGGUAUCGCCACGAGUUCAAGUCCAAUGAACUUUGGUCUGAAAUAAAACUCGUUCUGGACACUUUUGCCCAACCUCUGACUGAAUUGUUUAAGGCCACAAUUGAGUUGUGUCAAACUCAUGCUACUGAUGUCAACGUCCUGAAGGUCCUCUUCUCGUCCCUCACGCUCAUCUCCAAGCUUUUCUACAGCCUCAACUUUCAGGACCUUCCAGAAUUUUUUGAAGACAACAUGGAAACCUGGAUGACCAAUUUUCACGGCUUACUGACUUUGGAUAACAAACUUCUUCAAACGGACGAUGAAGAGGAGGCGGGUCUUCUGGAGCUGCUGAAGUCUCAGAUCUGUGAUAACGCUGCCCUUUACGCUCAGAAGUAUGAUGAGGAAUUCCAGCCGUACUUGCCUCGCUUUGUCACUGCCAUCUGGAAUCUGCUGGUCUCCACCGGACAGGAAGUGAAAUACGACCUGCUUGUAAGUAAUGCAAUCCAGUUCCUGGCAUCGGUGUGUGAGAGGCCACAUUACAAGAAUCUGUUUGAGGACCAGAGCACGCUCACCAGCAUUUGUGAGAAGGUCAUCGUCCCCAACAUGGAGUUCAGAAGUGCAGAUGAAGAAGCUUUUGAAGAUAAUUCAGAGGAGUACAUCCGAAGAGAUCUUGAGGGAUCAGACAUCGACACCCGCCGCAGGGCAGCGUGCGACUUGGUGCGGUGCCUGUGUAAGUUCUUUGAGGGGCCGGUCACGGCCAUCUUCUCUGGCUAUGUGAAUUCAAUGCUGGGAGAAUACGCCAAGAGCCCAAAGGAGAACUGGAAGCAUAAGGAUGCUGCCAUCUAUCUGGUCACGUCUCUGGCAUCCAAAGCCCAAACACAGAAGCACGGAAUAACUCAAGCCAAUGAGAUGGUGAACCUAAUAGAAUUCUUUGUGAACCACAUUCUCCCAGAUCUCAAGUCCUCCAAUGUGAAUGAGUUCCCAGUGCUGAAGGCAGACGCCAUCAAAUACGUCAUGAUCUUCAGAAGUCAGCUUCCCAAAGAACAUCUGCUGCAAGCCGUCCCUCUGCUGAUAACGCACCUGCAGGCCGAGAGCACAGUGCAGCACACCUAUGCUGCCCACGCUCUGGAGAGGCUGUUCACCAUGAAAGGCCCCAGCAACCUCACUCUAAUCUCUUCUGCAGAGAUGGCACCUUAUAUAGAGCAGCUGCUCACCAACCUGUUCAAGGCCCUGACCCUCCCAGGGUCUGCAGAGAACGAGUACAUCAUGAAAGCUAUAAUGCGAAGCUUCUCGCUGCUCCAGGAGACUAUAGUGCCCUAUAUUCCCACUCUGAUUGGUCAGCUCACUCACAAGCUCCUCCUAGUUAGUAAGAAUCCCAGCAAGCCUCAUUUUAAUCACUACCUGUUUGAGUCUCUGUGCUUGUCUGUGAGGAUCACCUGCAAAGCUAACCCGACGACAGUCAGCAGCUUUGAGGAAGCCCUCUUCCCCGUCUUCACGGAGAUCCUUCAGAAUGAUGUUCAGGAAUUUCUUCCGUAUGUGUUCCAGGUGAUGUCUCUCCUUUUGGAGAUCCACUCCAACUCCAUCCCGUCUUCCUAUAUGGCCUUAUUUCCCCACCUGCUGCAGCCGGUUCUGUGGGAGCGGACGGGAAACAUCCCCCCUCUGGUGCGGCUGCUCCAAGCUUACCUGGAGAAGGGAGGAGCCAGCAUCGCCGCUUCAGCUGCUGAUAAAAUACCCGGUUUGCUCGGAGUUUUCCAGAAACUGAUUGCUUCCAAAGCCAACGACCACCAGGGCUUUUACCUUCUCAACAGCAUCAUAGAGAACAUGCCUCCGGAAUCUAUCGGUCAGUACAGGAAACAGAUCUACAUUUUGCUUUUCCAGAGGCUACAAAGCUCUAAAACCACCAAGUUCAUCAAAAGUUUCCUGGUGUUUAUCAACCUGUACUGUGUCAAAUAUGGAGCAAUCGCACUUCAGGAGAUCUUUGACAGCAUCCAGCCAAAAAUGUUCGGCAUGGUGUUGGAGAAAAUCAUUAUUCCGGAGGUUCAGAAGGUUUCUGGAACCAUUGAGAAGAAGAUCUGUGCUGUGGGCAUCACCAAGAUCCUGACCGAGUGUCCGGCAAUGAUGGACACGGAAUACACCAAACUCUGGACCCCGCUGCUUCAGGCUCUCAUCGGUCUGUUCGAGUUACCAGAAGACGACAGCAUUCCUGACGACGAGCACUUCAUCGACAUCGAAGACACACCGGGAUACCAAACAGCCUUUUCACAGCUGGCCUUUGCUGGAAAAAAGGAGCAUGAUCCCAUUGGGGAUGCAGUGGGCAAUCCAAAAAUCCUUUUGGCCCAAUCACUCCACAAGCUCUCUACGGCCUGUCCUGGACGGGUUCCCUCCAUGCUCAGCACCAGUCUAAACGCAGAGGCCCUCCAGUUCCUGCAGGGCUAUUUGCAGGCAGCCACGGUCCAGCUGGUCUGAAGAUCUUAACAGCCGGAAGGACACCUGAGCUCCCAGGACACUUCAGAAAAAUGGAUGAUCGCAGAUAAAUUCCUUUUUUUUGGUCUGAACUGAAGGCGUGUACACUGAGGGGACGUUUUAAGGCUUUUUAAGACCAAAAUGGGUCAACGGUAACAUCUUUUCACUCUGCUCCCUCUUCUGCUGCUUGCAAAGAUUUAGCUAAUGUUAGGUGGGCAGGUAGGAGCAGACAUGUCAUUUUAUUUCAGGAGCAGCAGGGAAACAGCAGUGUAGUGCUGCACCGAACACCUAAAUCAGGAGGAAUAACUUCUCUAAUGUGUUUGUUUCUUUUUAUGAUUUUUGAAAAAUACUUGGAAGCUUAAAAAAGAUGUUUUCUGUUGCAUGUUUUCCUGGGAUUUGUUGAUGUUUCCCUGCACUGUUUGUUAUUGUGAAUAAAAAAGAGGCACUUGUGUAGAA